GCCUCCGGCAUGAAGGCUGCAAGAGGUCGCCUCACAACUUGAUGACUGGUUCGCCGCCAACGGACCAGGCCGAUUUUGAACAAGGUUCAAAUAUGGGAACAAUCUCCAACCAUUUCGCGGUUCUUGAUUUCUUCGGCAUGGUUGUCCAAUUCCCCAAGUCUUCAGAGCCCUCAUUCCUGCAUCAUGUACCGACGACAAAAGUAUGAAGAAUUUCAAAGAAAUCCGCGUUGGCGACGAUCAAAACCUGCGGCGGCAUCGCCGGUGCCGCCAUUCGGACCACUUGUAGAGACGAUCAGCGUAGCAGAUUUAUCGAAAUCCGCUCUGGGCUUAGAAUCGUCUGCUCGAGUGACAGAUUGCCAGCUCGUCGCGUCAUACAACUGGCUGGACAGAACAACACCUUCAAUUAUAGUCCCAGGUGCUCCGCCCAGAUGGACACCCCUCGCAGAACCUCGACAACUGUCAGAAGACGAUGGUAUCUACUAUCGGGACAAGAACGCUGCUCGAUACCCCGCUCAUCCGAUGGAGCCUGCCAUCAAAGCUGUUCUGAAGGGGCACCCAGAGCCAUCGCCCAGACCAGUUGACGUCGUUGCCUGUGGCAGUACCAUUGGAAACUUGCUUCGCUUCAUCCGGGGCGACGAGAAACCCUUCCGGAUGCUUCUCGAGGUGGUUGGUAAUGCCGUUCACCUGAUCCGAAGGGAGAAUUCUCCCAAAGAGACGAUGUCCGAUGUCAGAGGCUAUGGACACAAGUUCCCAGAGGCUUACACCACUUGGGAUCAUGAAGUCCGUGGUUCAGCAUCACACCAGCGCGUCAUUCAAUACGACUUUGGGGGUCUUCAUUGCAUUGUUCGUCACGAGGGUGAUGGCUACCUCAAACAUAAACAAGACCCCUCUACGAACCAGCCCAGCCCUGCCUUUGUCGAAAAGCUUUCAGUCGACAGUCUGAUUGAAGAUCUCAAUGUCAAGGAGAUGACACCAAAGAGCCCGCAGGACUCACAUCAGCAAAUACAGUUGAAGAGUGGCGGCUUUGACGUGUCUCAAUCUGCAGUCUUCGAUCUCAAGACCCGGUCGGUUAAGCGCAAAGGCACUGACUUCCUUGGCGAGGAAAUCCCGCGUCUAUGGAUUGCCCAGAUUCCCAACUUCAUUCUGGCAUAUCAUGAUAGAGGCACAUUCAAGGAUAUUGAGGUCAUGGAUGUAGCCCAGGAGGUCAAAGCCUGGGAGACAUCGAAGAACCGGGAGCUCUCGAAACUAGCGGCACUCCUACAUCAUCUUGUUCGCCUUGCUCGUGCGCGAAGGGACGACAGGCUCGAGAUCGGCCGCCAACAGCUUGACAAGCUCGAGAUUCGGAGGCAAUGCUCUGGACUAGCCCCAGCAUUCUCAAGUGAGGUCAAUGAAGAAUGGAGUAUAUGGCUUGCGAGUAAUGUACAGUAUGGGCCGAGUGCGGAUGAUGAGGAUGGACUCCAGUGGAGCGAUGGCGACGGUGACUAUACAGCCUGUUCCGAGAGCUGUUCAUACUGUGGAAAGUGCACGUAUUGAGAGUAGCAUACUCUUUCAAGCGGCUUAUAUGAUGCCUCUUGUAGUUCCCGUCGGGCUUGCUGCGGUAAAUUGAAGAUCUGUGGAAUUCGAUGGGUGUCUCCUUGUGCCUAGAAUGUCUAGUCCUUGCUGCGAGCUUCUUUGGAAUGAGUCCACGCGGUGUUGGUGUUUCAGCGGGUGAGGUUGAUCACCUCGGUUCUUGGCAUUCAACGAAAACGCGAGCGCCUGAACAAAAAGGUAGAAAUCAGCUAGAUACCUCGUGUGUGAGUCACAUCAACCCAGUAACUGGCGGCAGACUCCGAUACCCAAUCC